UUGACGACGCGAGGACUUAGCUCACGGCCUGCGGCGCUAUGCAGGCCGAGGCCUCCGUGCCGUGGAUUUCACACCUUUUCAGGACGGGCGAGGCGCUCGCGCUGCAGGCGCUCGCGAGCGACUACACCGUCUCGCUGCAGCACGACGCGUGCGGAAGCAGCGUCGAGCACUCUAUCCGCGACGCCGAGGGCGAGAAGCUCGGGCCGUCGUUCCGGUACAAGGUGCUCGGGGUGUUCGGAGUCGAGGGCCGCUGCGUGGCGUUUGCGCCGCACCACACGCCCGGCACGCUUGUUCUCGCCUUUCGCGGCACACGCGUCGACAGCAACGCCGCCUCGAGGCCGGGCCGCGGGCAGGCGGCGCCGCCGUCCGAGGACAUCAAGGCGCUGCUCAACUCGUCGAUGGUGGGCGUCAAGUGGCUUCCGGACGCGGCGAUGCGCGUGCACGCCGGCGUGCACCGCCACCACGCCGACUUGUGGGACGCUGAGCACUCGACGCGCGGCUCCUCCCUCCGGUUGGACCAGCUCGGCGAGGGCCUUGGCGGCUGGCUCGCCGGGCUGUGUGGCGCGGACGCGCCGCAGCAGAUCGUCUUCGUCGGCCUGUCGCUGGGCGCGGCGCUGGCGCAGAUGUCCGCCCUCCGCCUCGCGAGCGAGCAGCCGCAGCUCGCGGCGCGCACCAGCGUCCUCGGCCUGGGCAGCUUUCAGUUUGCCAACGCGGAUGUCGGCCGGCUGUUUGAGUCGCUGUACGGGGAGCGGGCGGCGCAGCUGGUCACCGCUCGCCGCAUGCCCGCCCGCCCUCCGCCGCAGGUUGGCUGGU